CAGUUACAUAUACGGUUAGGAAGAGCAUUUUAAGCUGAUUUGGACAUAAUCGUCAAAUCCCUUUAAAACCAUUUUAUACGAGACAUAUUUUCCUUUAUUUCUCAUUCUUUAUCAUGAAAGGAGUAACGUCAUGCAAUACUCGCUCGGGUAGACAAACAAUCGACUAUUUUAUGUCUACUUAAACACGUCUGCUAAACAUAGCUAGCGGAGCGGAUCGCGAAGUGCUAUUCAAGUUAGCUUAGUCCGUACUACUUCAAUACAUUUCGAAUCGUUGUUAAAAUGGGCGAGGUUUAGUGGAUCUUAAAAUAUGUGUUUUCGGACUUCCUGAUUCGGAUUUUGAAACACCAUGCUAAGGGGCCGUCUGCUGAUACCGCUAGGGGUCACGCUCCUUCAGAUCGGCUCUGUGGCGGCUGCAGCGGAAGACGGGGGAGUGAUUGCCGCCGCCGUCGUUAGUGGGGUUCUCUUCCUUUGCCUUGUCAUCGGCAUCGCGUUCUUCUGUUACUACAAAUAUGGCGGAACAAAACGCCCCGAAAAGCGCCAUCAACGCAGACACCGAAAAGACCGUCAUGUUGUUUACAACGGGCAUGCAUAUCCACCUCCACCGCCGCCAUAUUACGACCCGCGGCUACCACCGCCUUACGCCAUGAACGGUUACGUGAAGAAGGCACCGGCGAACCCUCCGUAUCCAUCAGCGUUCGUUGACUCACCGCAUGUUACUGCUUACAGUCAUCCCCCAUAUUCAACAUACCACGGACCACCACCGGCAAUUAUGCACCACGAGCGACGGUCUGUGGGAACCGUUUCCGGUCCGCCGCCUCCUAUAGUGAUUCCACUCGGAACGAUUCCAAUAAGGGCGGACCCGAGACCGGUUAUUCAUAAAUCAAAGCGGAAAAAGAGAACAGGGUCGGGAGAAGCCGGUGAGGAUCGGAAAUACUCGACGGACAGGCGAUCGGAGAACGUACCCCACGAGUUUGUCGUACAGCAGUCGUAUGACGGAAUACCAAUUAUCAGGCCCGUUAUUUAUAUUGACGACGACGACGAUGAUAGCAGACCGAGGGCGCGAUCCAAAUCCCGCGAAGGCCGAUAUAAGAAGAGAACCAACGAUAAUCAAUCUCCGAAAAUAAGGGAGCUGAAUCCGGAUACCACAGAGGUCAAGGCUACAGCAGCAGAAGACACGGAAGUUGUCAUUGAGCGCAGGCCGAGGUCUAGAUCGCGGACCCCGCCUCCAAGCCGUGACGUUACUUCCGCCCUACAAUCACGUGCGAUGUCGGAGGCAGACGACUUCAAUAAACUGCGUCGCUCCACUAAGGGUGCGUAUGAAAGUGACUCUGAGUCUUCAAAUGCCCCUUCUUUCCGAUGGGCCCACGCUGAGCCGGCCCCGGAACCGGUUGAGGGUGACGUCAUGUUCUUCCCAUCAGGAACGCUAGUUGACACCCAACGUCACGACUCCAAGACGCACGAGCCUUUGAACACGAGGAAAGACGACGACUACGUUUAUACUCAAGUGAUUAAGGCAUCCACUCGCGAAUCUGUUGUCCGCAAAGAUGAUACAGAUAAAGAUGGUGUCUACGGAUACACUCAUGUAAUUCGCUCUUCAACGAAAAAUACGGGCGAGGGACCCAAGGCAUCCACUCGCGAAUCUGUUGUCCGCAAAGAUGAUACAGAUAAAGAUGGUGUCUACGGAUACACUCAUGUAAUUCGCUCUUCAACGAAAAAUACGGGCGAGGAACCCAGUCGAAAUAGUCCCGUUGCGGUUGCAGGUCCAAGUUCCGCAGGUGAUGAAGGAUACGAGGUCCCUAUCCGGCGGUCUGCAAAGGGGCCUUCGUAUGAGACGGAACACGGGAUAGGGCGAACCGGAAGUAUCGGGAACAUCGGCGCCUCCAUGUCCGACCGUCUACAGUACUUGGUGGAAGACGGCGAGAAGUCGCGGUUUACUAAAUACAACGCGGGCGCUAUAAACUUUGGGGACGACGAUGUCGAUGAUGAUGAAAUCGAUCCUGUUCAGUUGCGCGUAAAGCGCACGGAAACCCCGCCAACAAUAAUUCCACGCGAUAGUUUAUAUUCAACAUCUAGUAAGCGUCCGGCUACUCCACCAAGCGAUAUACCGCCGUCCGCCAGAGAGUCAACGGAAGUUCCACCGCUGAUCCUACCUAAGAGCACAGUGGUGUCUCCUCGCGAGCCCUACUCCUCCUACCGCCCGAGCACGCCCCCGAACGAUAUACCAUUCACCCCACGACCUCCUACUCCUCCCCUGCACUUCAGCUCAAACGCAGCGUCAUCCAAUCAUACCAACAGACCUAAAACCCCUCCAUUUGAUGCUCCGGAAACUGCAAGGUCCGGUCUUGCUUCUCAAGGGAACGUUCUCAACAGGUCGUUAGCCGUGGAGCCGACAACGGGUCAGCCGGGAUCAUUUCAAGCCAGACAGCGACUAAUAGAAGCUCAUUUACAGAAGAACCAGAGUGGUCCGGCGCCCUCUAAGCCCACGCCGAGUACAUCCGCCGCGCAUCGCGCCGAACCAACCCCAGUUGCACCAAAGCCUUAUGUUCCGUUAGUGCAUGUUACCCCCCGGGGUGAUUCCACCGGCACCACCCCCACCGCCGCUACCAAAGUAGGUCACGCGGAAUCUGACUUUUUCUCGCCACACUUAUGUGCUGACUAUAAUGGUUUUUACCUUUUAAGUCUCAUGUACUGCAUUUAUUAUAGCGCAUACACUAAAACAACUCAUGUACACUGAAAUUCUUAAAUUUGCGUAUUAAAUUAUAUUCAUUAUUAUCAGUCGCAGUGAUGAAAUGGUUAUGGCGUCCGCUCUCCGUCCGAGAGGUCCCGAUAACGCUCCCCAUUCUAAAAAUCCUUCCGAAGACACCAAGCACUUUUUUAAAACCAGAAAACGGAUUUGAGAGGAUCUGUAAAAGCCAGUUGAUUUAUAGACAAUUUAGCAACCCAAAUAUGUUUAAUCUUAAAAAUAUUUAUCGAUGUACGCAAAAUGAUUAUACUUAAAUAGAGUAUUCGCUAUUUGUGCACACUUUUUUUUUAACGUAUGGCGCCAAAAUCAUUCGGCGGAGGAUCUCUAUACAUCUGCGUGUAAUUAAUAUUGGACUGGUGUUCAAUGUUCAUUUAUAUUUAUUUAAGCUACUGUGCCUUUUUUUACACCCAAAUGAUGAUCGCGUAUUUAGUUUAUGGUGCAUAGAACGUUCUAAAUGUAUAAUCAAUACAUUCAAGUACGAUUGCUGGGUUAAAUGCGCUCAUAACAAGAUGGGAUUGUUAAACCAAUCUGUUUUUAUGUGCAAAUUAAUAAUGUCAGAUCGGUAUGCUUUUCAAUCAAAGACGUCUGUUCUUGUGUCUAUGCAUGCUAUUUAUCAUAUCGAAUAAUACUUGUUUUGUUAAAUUCUCAAAAUGCAUUCUUAUUAAAUUCUACAUUUCGCUCGUUGACGUUUAAAUAAAUUAAAAUGUAUUCUUUGUAUGUAAAAAGUGCUCUAUCCAGAAUCAGAUAUUGUUUGAUUUAUGCUUAUACUAAUUUAUAUAUAUUCUACAGUUGUAAAUGUUACCUGGAAGUGGUUUAUAAUGUUUGUAUAGAUUUUUUUCCGAAUGUAUGUUAAGGCAAUCUUCGUUUGUGUGUGUGCUAUCUAAAUUUGGAUGGUGCCUUAAAUGUGCUUUCCUUAGUAUAAGUUUUUCUCAAAAUACUUGUUUUACUUUUGCGAUUAGCUUUAAAAGCAAAGGCAGAUAGUUUAGGCGGCUCAAAUUAUCAAUUCCUAACUAGUAUCUGUUAAUUUUCAAAAAAAGGAAGGUUUAUGCACUGAACAACUUUUCGUAUUGGUUACUUGACUAGUGAACACACUUCGUAAAGCGAAACCAUUGCAGCCAACACUACAUAUGAAUCGAAGAAACACUAAUCGCCUAUUGAGGUAAUUUUGAAAAAUAUCAUAGGUCAUGCGAGUUCUAUGCUGUAUUUAUAAUAUCCCUUCAAUUCAAAGUCACAAAGUACAUGAAAUAAGUGUUCUUAGAUAUCUUAAUGAUAAAUGCGCGAGCUUCAAGUGCAGUCUGACAUCGAUCUCUUAUAAUACAUUUCAUGUGAGUGUUAUUCUACACUCUGAGGUGAAAUACGACUGUCUCCAAACAUAACCUCUUUUGUAUUGGAUCACGUUUGGUCAAAACUAGGUAACCAGUUUAAAUCUUAGAAAUCUUAUGCAUUUUUUUUAGCUCGACUAUUAUAUAUGAAAUAUAUAUAGUGGAGCUAUCCUACUCACCGCGGCGUCGGCGUUAGCGUUCCCGUUAGCGUUAGCGUGCAAAUGUUAAAGCUUGCGUACCACCCCAAAUAUUUUCAAUGUCCCUUGACAUAUUGCUUCCAUAUUUUGCAUACUUCUUUACCAACAUGACCCCAACCUAUAAACAAGAGCAGACAACUGUAUCAAGCAUUUUGUAAGAAUUAUGGCUCUUUUUCACUUAGAAUAUGCAUAUUAUUGAUAAAUCUAUGUUAAAGUUUGCGUACCACCUCAAAUAUUUUCAAUGUCCCUUGACAUAUUGCUUUCAUAUUUUGCAAACUUCUUUACCAACAUGACCCCAAUCUAUAAACAAGAGCAGACAACUGUACCAAGCAUUUUGUAAGAAUUAUGGCAAUUUUUUCACUUAGAAUAUGCAUAUUAUUGAUAAAUCUAUGUUAAAGUUUGCGUACCACCUCAAAUAUUUUCAAUGUCCCUUGACAUAUUGCUUUCAUAUUUUGCAAACUUCUUUACCAACAUGACCCCAAUCUAUAAACAAGAGCAGACAACUGUAUCAAGCAUUUUGUAAGAAUUAUUGCCCGUUUUCCAUUUACAAUAUGCAUAUUACUUUAGUUACAUUGCCAUAACUUCUUUAUUUAUGAUCAGAUUUUAUUAAUACGUUGACAAAACAACACUUACCUGAAUACCACAAUGGAUUCCACCCAAACAAUACCCCACGCCCCAACCCAGAAUCCCUGCCCCCCCCCCCCCCCCCCCCCCCCCCCUCACCCCCCAAACAUUUUUUCUUUUUUUCUUUCCUUUUUUUUAUUUUUGAAAGAUCAUCUAAUAAAUGACCACACCCCACAUUAUACCCCCCUCCCUACCCCCCCACAAUUUUUUUCUUUUUUAUUUAUUUACUUUAUUUUUGAAGGACCGUCCAAACUUUCCACCCAAGCUAUUGCUAUCAAACUUGAAAUAAAAUCUAUUUAGUUUGUUUUAUGUCUUUACAAAUGUUCAAUAGAUUGUGGAAAAUAUACCUGAACUAUUACCUUGACCUUAUUGAAUAAUUUGAACAAUUACCCCAUGAUGGCUUACGUUAUACUGUCAAGCACUCGAAUAGUCCAGCGCGCUGUCCUCUGACAGCUCUUGUUUUAUACCUUGUUAUCACUCUAGAGGACACAUUUUUAUCAAGAACUGGAUGAAACUAAGUCAUGAUAUUUAUCUUGCUAAUAUACAUAUGCUGAUAUUGAAUCUGGGUCAAAUGUUGUCAAAACUUAGGACACCAUCUUAUAAACAAUUAUGACCACUCUUGAAGCCACAUAUAUCGAAAUAUAUGGAAAUCUUGUUGAAACUAGGUCACCAGGUCAAACCUAAGAAAACUUGUUACCACAAAACAUACCACAUUUAUGAAUCGAUCUUGAUGAAUUCUGAUGGUUAAAAUGUUUAACUUGUUAAUAUUUAAACCUAAUUUGAAGCUGGGUCAAUUGAAUAAAAAAAACUAGAUAAUUAGGCCAAAUAAUAAAAAAUGCCGUAUUCAUACUUUUAUUGCAAGUAGCCUAUUUUCCAUUUGCGAAGGACCUAAUUAAUUUUUUUAAAAAGUUUUAUGAAGAGCGGAUGUCCCAAAUGCAACUUGACACCACAAUAGUUUAUAGUGAUACUUAUAAAUCUUUUUAACAAAUUGUUACACGAAUCGAUAGGAAAAUACGACAAAUUAAUGUGGACAAAAUUAUUUAAUUUCGUCGAUUCAAUUUUGAGAAAAUAACUGUUUUAGUGACUAAUCAGAAAAGUUGUUGCGUGUUUAUCAUUUUUGAUUGCAAUUUUAUGUUAUUUUUGACAUGUUCUGCAUAUGUUUUGUUGCUGUUUUUGUUUUGUGUUUAAUAUUUUAGUUUAUUGAUAUGACUUAUAUUUUGUUUACUGUUGCGGUGUUGCUUAAGGACAUGUUUAACAUGUAUUUUCUUGCGAGCAUAGUUUGCCAGACGGGCUUUAUAUUAAGGGUUUUUGAAACACUGACAAUUGUAGUUUGCUAUAUUCAUUUGCAAAUAUAAUCGACAUACAUUCAUUUAUUAAAAUAAAUGCUGUAAACUAUUCUAUAGAACAUACAGAACUGUAAACACAAUUUAUACGUAAUAAAUUUUAUUAUAUAAAUGA